AUGGCACAAAUUACCAAUUCAAGCGCUUCGUUCUACAACAGUUUACCACCAUCACACCGCGACCUGUACAAAAGCUACGCUAAGACGAUAAACAAAUUGUGCUCCCAGUGCACUAGAAAGGAUUUUCUUCGACGUUGCAAAAAAUUUGGCCUGCACCCAAUGCACAUCCAAAACACUUUUCGUUGCAUCAACGGACUACUAGAAGACGCCAGUCCGUAUAGAGGAAAACUCCAGAAGGCGAUGGAUCGUUUCAAACGGACAAUCCUAAACAUCGAAAUUAGUGAUAGUUUCCAUAAGAUUAGUAUGCUAGAGAAAACAAGGGCCACACUCACAAGCAAAAUUACGCAAGUAUCUCCCGCUUACACAUACACUCACUUCCUUGAACAACAAGAAGCCUUUUUCCAAAGAAAAAUCCGCCAAACAAAGAUUACAACUGAUCGAAAAUUUGAACGUCUUCUCCAGAGAGUUGAAAUUGAAAAGACAAACAAAUUGAAUGUCAACGACGCUUGGAUUAAAAACAUGACCAAUGUUAACAUUCCAGAAGAAACAUUGAUUCUUUUAGGGUACGGCCCCAAAUUCGCCUUACCUUUGGCAAAUAAUCAAGAAAUCCCGUAUUUCAAGAUUAUUGCGGACUUGGAAUCAAUUCUCAAACUUGAACAAGAUGAGAGUCUCCAAAUGAACAGUCGUAACCAAUUAAUUAAUAUAAUGCAAAAUUAUAUAAACAAACGAAAAAACGGUUUCACACCAACAUCCAACCCGAUCAAUCGUUUCUUGGUUGAAGCGUUUCACAGCAGCAAAAAGUUCAUUCGCGACAAUCCUGACGUUUAUGUUGUGGCGGCCGACAAGGGAAAUAAAACGGUAAUAAUGAACAAAGACGAAUAUGAAUCAAAAAUGAGAACCCUGGUUGAAGACAACAGCACUUACGAACGCAUUGAAUCGGAUUGGACGAGUAAAAUUCAAACGAAAAAUAACACGCUAGUGAAAGCUCUAUACGACCAAAAAAUGAUCGACCAAAAAACCAGAGCUCGGCUGACUACAUACAAUGCGACUUGUCCUAAAAUUUAUGGAUUACCCAAGAUACAUAAAGAAGGCAACCCGCUGAGGAUCAUACUGUCAUGCAUAAAUUGCCCAACAUAUGAUCUCUCCAAAUACCUCGCAGGAAUUUUACAUCAAUCGAUCGACCAUGACAAAUACAACGUACGAAACUCAUACGAAUUUUGCACGUUUAUAAACAAUAUCACACUACCACCCGGCUAUGUAUUAGUAUCGUUUGAUGUAAUAAGUCUGUUCACAUGUAUACCGGGGAACCUGGCUAUACAAGCGGUGCAAAAUAACUGGAACAGAAUAGAAAAAAAUACAACCAUCAAAGACAGAGACACGUUCACAAAUCUAGUACAAUUCGUUCUGUCCUCCAGUUAUUUCACGUUCCGUGGGGCAUACCAUCGGCAACAGGAGGGAACUGCAAUGGGGAAUCCACUGUCUCCAGCAUUGGCUGAUCUUGUAAUGACCACAUUACUUGACGAUGUGCUUACCAAGAUCGACAUCACAGUUCCGUGCAUCAAAAAAUAUGUCGACGAUUUGUUCACCGCUCUUCCAGCAGACAAGAUUGAGUAUGUAAAGAAUGCUCUCAAUAGCUUCGACUCGCAUAUUCAAUUCACCUACGAGUCAGAAAAAGACAACCGAUUACCAUACUUAGAUAUGAUUCUAAUAAGAACCGGGGAACAAAAAAUUCUCACUGAUUGGUAUCAGAAAACUGUAUCGUCGGGCAGAAUUUUGAACUUUUUCUCACUCCACCCGCUGGUACAAAAAUUAAACACGGCCACCGGCUUCAUUGGAAGGGUAUUCCAGUUAUCCACGAGCAAAUCGACCGAUGAGAAAAAGGCAAUUGUACGCAAGCAAUUGCUUACUAACAACUAUCCGAGCUCACUGAUCAACCGGCUGAUCAAUAGGUUUAUCAACCAAAGUGGACAAAAUUGUGAAGAAGUGAACUCGGAGGAAAAAGUAUAUCGAUCGUUGCAUCACGUUGAUGCCCUCACCCCUGCAUUGGCAAGAAGUAUUAAACAAAACUUCAAAAAUGUCACUCUAAGUUUCAAAUGCGUCAAAACCAACAGAUUACUAUUCACGAAACUCAAAGAUUCCUCACCGCAUCUUGCAAUGAGAAACGUAAUUUACCGUAUUCCAUGCGCUGAUUGUGAUAGUGCUUAUAUUGGUAUGACCACACAGCAGCUGAAAAAUCGGAUCGCCGGCCACCGCUCUCUCAUCAAACGCUAUGAAGAGUAUAAAACCUCAGACACGGAGCGCACGGACAGAGACGAGGAAUACAAAAAGACUGCGCUAAUGAAACAUGCGAUCGAGGAACAACACAAGUUUGAUUUAACCAGCACAAAAAUAUUAAGCGCCGACGACAGAAUUCAAGCGCUACAAGUGCUUGAAAUGUGCCAUAUUGCUUGUGACAGAACCGCAAUCAACUACAGAACAGACAAAAACAACCUGAGCAUAGCUUAUUCUGGUAUGUUGCGGUCUCUCACACAAUGA